CGAAAACAAGGUUCUUGACCACGCCCCCGAGAACUUCUGACCAAUCAAAGAGCGGCUUGGAUGACCGACACGUCCUUGCGCAUGCGCAGUGUUGCUGUGACUGUAGCGCGGGAGCGCAUUGAUACACCGGGAAGAGAGUCAUUCAUAGACGCAGCAGUUGUCAACAAUGUUGAAUGGUCUAUUCCAUCCUGUUGACAUGGAGGGCGAGUUCUCGCAGUCCCUCACCCCACCUGUAUCCCCAUCUGCUCUGGAUCAUUAUGGUGAAUCCGCUCCCAGUCGUCCUCCCUGCUUCACCUGUGCUUAUGAACCAGGUAGAGAAGAGACAGGUCGACUGUUAUCAAAUGGCUACAUCAGCAGAGGAGCCCUGAAGAGGUUGCUGUUAAAGCUCGAUCCAGCUCCUGCGGAUUUUGAGGGAGACACAGUUGAUAUUUUUGACUUUCCAUGGGUGACAGAAACAGCACUGGUAGAAUCUACCAAACUUCUGUUUGGCUUGUUCAGACAAAAGGUGUUAAAACUGGAGACGCUGGUGCAGUCCAGCUCGCAUGAUUUUGGUCAAGCGAGCAGUCUUCAUUAUGAGGCAGAAGAACUGACACAGCAGUGUGUGCUGUUCCUCAGUUAUAUCAAGGUCUUCAUUUUCAGGUUUUUGGAGCCCUCACAAUCCCUUGAUGAAGGUCCUGUUCAUCCGUUUAAAGACGCAGAGGCUCAACUGCCCUCAGUCUUGGUGGAGGAGCUCUUCAGUAUCACGCUGCUUAUUGGUCGAAUCAAAAACCUGCCAGCCAACGUCCAGAGUGCUCUUACAAUUCAGCAUCAGGGAAAGCUCUUUCCUCCAUCUUGGCAAUUAUUGCAUCUGCACCUGGACAUCCACUGGUCUGUUCUGGAGAUCCUGCACCUGUUGGAGCAAAGGAUGAUGGGUCAGGUAGUUUACGCGCACCAGUUCGUGAAUUUGACAGGCGAGACGCUCACAAACAUCAGUCUGUUUGAAGACCAGGUCAACAACCUGCUCUGUGAUCUCAUUGGUCUGGCCAUGAACAAAUAUAAUAAGGUGAGACCAACAGAGACUCUGAACAGCCAUCACCAUCACUGCCUCUGCACAAAGGAAUUAUGGAUUCUACUCAUGCAUUUACUGGAGCACAGGAGCAAAACAAUACACACUCAGUCUUUUUGGAGUUAUGUAAAUGCCCUGCUGCAGACUGUCCUUAAGGGGACGCCUUCAGGAGACCCUGACCCAGGGCUCCCCAUGCACUAUAAAGAUCCUGAGGGCUUCACCUGGUGGCUGCUCACACACCUGGCCCAGAUUAGGAUGCACAACCAGAACGGCACUGCUCAACAGGAGAAACAACUUGAGGAUAAUUGGAGCUUUGUGAUGGGGCUGCUGAAGUCUAGCUGUGAUCCAAAGAAAGCUGCACAGGAAGAGCAGAUACGAAUGGUUGUCCACUGCUGCCUCAGCAUGAGCUUGAUGUGGGGCCCAAAUGUCAGUGCUGUCACAACGCUCUGGGAGUAUUACAGCAAAAAUUUAAACAGCUCUUUCACCGUGCCCUGGUUAGGUGUGUCAGGGCUGGGCAGUAUCAGCAGGACUCCCCUCUGUCUGUUGCAGCAGGCUAAGAGCUGCUGUAGCCCUGCAUCUGUCGGCUCCAACUCUCACACGCAGCUCUACCGCUCAACCAACUCCUUCCAUAUCUUCCUGCGUAUUCUGGCCCUUCACCUGAGCCAGGAACAUGCUGGUGGCGGCGCCCCCUGGAGACAAAUCAAGGGCAGGAGAGUUCACCAGCGCUGUGGCCAGCCGUCUCACUCUAUAGACUUUCCCAGUUGGGUUCCUCUCCCCAGCAUGGCUAAAGAGCGCCACCAAGCGGUGGCAGCGGCACUCUGGUCCCACUUCUUCCCCUUCCUGUGCAGCAUGAGGCUUUCCCAGACCCCCCCGCCACAGCUCGCGGACGCCGCAGCAGGCUUCACACUGUUGGCAUUAGACAUGCCUGGCUCUGCCCCUCAAAACCUACAGCCCCACCCCAUCCAGUCCAUUAUGCAGAGCUUCGGCUGGGACGAGAUGCUCCACCCCCUGCUGGUAACCCACUAUCUAAAUCACCUGCUGCAAAAUGGAGAGCUUGUCAGUUGGGUCAGCUCUGGGCCAGGCUCAGGUUCGGCCCAGGCUUUGUGUGUACGUGCCUGGAUCCGAUGUGUUCUACAACAGUACCUCCAUAAAAGCCCAGAUGCUCCAGAUUCCAGAGCAGGCAGAAAUCUGGAUGAACAGCUGGCCGAGUUAACCAGGCAGGUCCUCCGACUUCCAGAAGUGGAGUCUGUGCUGCAGAGAGCAGGACUACAUCCUGUUGCUGCCAAAGAUCCCAAACCUGCAAUGGCUGUGUUCAUCAGGGCUGUGGGUCAAUCAUACUGUGAGCUCCAGCUCCUCUCUGAGCGUUCUUCAGCGGUGUCCCGAGCACUAGAGUAUGUUGGAGACAUCCUCAAAUACAUCAAGCCUUACCUGCUAAACAAGAGCCGGGAGGGUCUACAGCUAGCAUACUGGACUGUAGGCUGCUUGGUCAAGCACUGGAGCUACCUGUUGGCCACCUCCAAAGCUCAGCAACUGCUCUUCCGCAUUGUAGAUGUGCUCUUAUUGCCCCACGCUCUCCUCCAGCAGGACAGUGGCACACACACUCAAAUGCUCUCAGCCCUGAAAGAAAGCCUGCCUUUGUUUCUGCAGGGUUUGUCAGUGGCAGUGAGUGUGUCCCAAUCUCAGGGGGCGUACCUGAAGCAGCAGCUGAACAGUGUCAUUUCCCAGUACCUGAGCCGAUUUCUCCCAGCCACACCCUCUACUGGAGCAGUGGUCAAUCAUCCUGUCCUGCUGGCAGCCUGCGAAUCAACACCCACCCCACAGGGGGAAAGAUUGUUUUUAUUCAAUCAAAUCCCUGUUGCAUUUCUCUCAGUAAAGAGGCUGAGCACAGAGGUUACGCAGCUUAUUGUGGAGAGGUGCACCGCUGCGGUAGGAGAGCAGCCAUGUGAACACACCACUACUAUUCUACGGGCCUUUGUGGAAGAGAAUGAAGGUGUAUAUGACCAGCAAGUGUAUAAUGUUCUAGAAGUUGCUGCCGUCCUUCACCCCUUCACAGUGACAGCUCUUAUUCCCUUUCUGUCACUGAGCCUAAGAAAGACAGAGUGCAAGAGAGGUCUGGGAAAAAAUACCUCACUCAGGAAUGGCUAUAGGAGGCUGCUUGCCCUGCUUGGAGACAGUGGACAGGCUGAGAUGAUAAGUUUAGAAGAAGACUGACUUGCAUCAACUACCUGCCUGCAUCAACUCUCAAUCCUCUUUUGUGAGCAGUGUACAUGUUGUAGACUUGAUAGUGGAUCCAUGUGUGGAUAUUGUGAAUAAACAUUGUUUGAA